AUGUCCGACCCUACGCAAAACAAUGUACCACCACGUCCCUCACGUGCGGAGAGAACAACGACGUCGUGUGGAGAGUGCAGGAGGAGGAAGCAAAGAACGAUCGAGCGCCGUAGCGGCGGCGGCCGCAGCAGCGGGAGCAACACACCCGCCUGCCUUCUCCAUCUCCAUUCUACCACCACCUCUGAGCCCUGGUCUUUACGGGGUCGAAAACAUCAGGCCCUCUUCGAUACCCCCAAGGCAGCCUUCUCCUCUCGCUUCGCCAUGGCCCAGAACGCCAGGGCAAGAGGUAACGGGUCCUCUUGCUGGCUGGCCCGGAUUCGACACACUGGGACACUCUCCCACGGCACCGUCAACUCCCCAGUACGCCUGGAGCACUGA